CACACCCUUCUCCCUGCAUGGUAUAGUGCGGUACGAGGGAUUUUGCUGACAGUUUUGUCGACGCAGAGUACACACGGUUGUACUAGACCGAGAUUCAAGAAAUGUACGCAGAUCUACUCAUUACGCCCUCAUCCGGAGUCCCGGUUGGGCCAUGUACGUAUAGAUGAUAACAACCGAGAACUAUAUAACAGGCAGUCGUCAGAGCCUUUUUCCACAGGAGCUUUAGCACACUGUCCUUCUUUUCUUUUUUCUCUGUACAAGAUGACGGAUAUCAUCGCAAAGCCUCGUCGCUCCGAGACCUCGAACUCAUCUGUGGCUCGACCUAAUGAUGUCUCCGCACUAGGAGUCGUUGACUUCGCUGACUGCGAUCAAUGUUCUCCGUACCCCAAUCGAUGGUCUAAUAUCAGGGAGCACAUCUCCGCACCUGCAGCCGAGUUCAUGGGUGCCUUCAUUCUAUGCUUGCUCGGAUGUGGUGGAAAUUGCCAGGCAAAUCUUUCUGCCAAUAAAAGUGUAUCUGGAAGCCCAGCAGGGGAUGCUGUCACAUCCAACCUCUCUUGGGCCAUCGGACUAUCACUUGGUGUAUGGAUCUCUGCAAACUACUCGGGCGGUCAUGUGAACCCUGCGGUUACCAUAGCAUUCGCUACCGUCCGCGGUUUCCCCUGGAAGAAAGUUCCAAUAUACAUCCUUGCGCAAUUCCUGGGAGCCUUAUGUGGGGCAGGUGUCGUCUACGCUACUUACUUCCAUGCGAUCGACAUCGUCGAAGGAGGCUCCAAUAUUCGUACAAUCGCGGUAUCUGGUAACCUUUUUGCGACCUAUGCGGCCGAUUACCUUCCUUCAGUCUCCGCCUUCUUCACUGAAUUUGUAGGGUCUGCCAUGCUCAUCACCGGAAUUUUCAUGUUCACGGAUAAAAAAAAUGGCCCUGCGCCUGCUGGUGUUGUUCCUGUUGGAAUAUUUCUUGUAAGUCCUUGGCAUCAGUUCGGCUCUUGGCAUGAAUACUGGAGCGGCGCUUAAUCCUGCCCGUGAUCUGGGCCCCCGUAUCCUUACCGCCAUGGUUGGAUAUGGUGGUGCAGUCUUCAACUUCAGAAGCCAGUAUUGGCUCUGGUGCCCUAUCCUUGGUCCAAUUCUUGGCAUGAUUGUGGCCGCGUUUU